AUGAUUGCAUCUUCGACUUUAUCCAAUUUUCAUCAUCAAUAUGAUGAAGAAAUUUCUUCACAAAGUUUUGAGAGACAUGGACGACCACGACGACGACGAUCGUUUGCUUCCUGCUUGUUGAAUCGUGUGACACCAAGACAGGAACGACCAAAAACUCAGAGUUCGAUUCGGAAACGAAUUCGAGUGAAUCAAUUGCGAAGGAAAAUGCAUUAUGAAAUGAAUCAUCAAGAAGAAGAGGAAGAUGACCAUUCUUUGCCACCACAACAUUCUUAUCCAGUACCAACAUCAUCCACACCAUCAAUUCUUUCGAAUAUCAUGUCAUCGACUAGUCCGCACACUCAUCCCUCUCCCCAUCAAAUGCCAAAUGUCACUCAACCCAAUACACUGUUCUUACAACAAACCAAACAAGUAGUGACUCAAUUCUUUGAAAGCUUGCUUCAAUCCAAGGAAGCUCUCGAAGGUAAAAAGUCUAUCCAAAUGACCAACGAAGACAAGGAAAGGAUUGCACAAGAAAUUAUUUCAACCCCAAUUUUAAUGCAAAAACUGACAAGUGUCAAAUCAUUGUUUCAUUUUGAGAGUUUUGUGAAGGAAGAUCGAGAAAUAUUUAUCAUGGUUUCAAAUGUUACACAACCAAGAUCGAUUUACUUGUCUUGCUUUCCUUUAAUAAAUCAGCAAAAUCAACAAUGA